UAUAGCACGCAUUGCAUGCAUAGAAUGGAAGUCGUGAAUAAAAAGCUCAUGCAUCUAGCUAACCAACCAAAGGUUUUGAACCAUCAAUUCAAGAAUCUAACCAAGCUAAUGGAUAUGUCAUAUGAUUUUAAGCCAAACAAUGCAUCACCUAAAGAGGGCUCACAAUCUAGAGUGAAUAGAGCUCCUUCUACUCCCAAAGUCAAAAUUGAGUUAACUAUUGCCAAAGAGAAGAGAAUAAGUCCUACAACCAUUCCCAGACCUAACUUGAGAAAUUGGAAGGGAGAACAAGUUUGGAUGAAUAUAGAGGACUUUGAGAGGCUCACUACCUCAACCAAAUUGGAAGCCACAAGUGCUACCAAGGAGGUUGAGUCACUUGAGAAGUAG